UACAAAAUGCAAUUUUAUGUGCUACUAGUGACAUUAUUGGCAUCGUCAGCAUCUGGUUACUACAUCAAUAUUGAUGCAAACGAAGAACAAUGUUUUUUCGAUAGAGUUAUCUCAGGGACGAAAAUAGGCUUAAUGUUUGAAGUGGCCGAAGGUGGUUUUCUCGACAUUGAUGUCAAGAUCACUGGUCCGGACAACAAAGUGAUUUACAAAGGCGAACGAGAAUCUUCUGGGAAAUAUACGUUUGCAGCACAUAUGGAUGGUGUGUACACGUACUGCUUCGGAAAUCAGAUGAGUACAAUGACGCCUAAGGCUGUGAUGUUCACCAUCGAGAUCGUCGAACCGCAGCAACAGCAACAAGGUGCUGCCCAAAGUCAGGAUGCGGGAAUCUAUGUGGACUUUGUCAGUGUCGAGAAAACAACGUUUUUGUUUACAGCCGACAAUCAGAAACUUGAAGAAAUGGUCCGAGAGCUGUCCACUGCCUUAAUGUCAGUUAAGCACGAGCAAGAGUACAUGGAAGUCCGAGAACGUGUUCACCGAUCAAUUAACGAAAACACGAACAGCCGCGUUGUGCUAUGGGCUGUUUUUGAAGCGAUGGUACUUGUUUCAAUGACUGUUGGCCAAAUAUGGUAUUUGAAGCGAUUCUUCGAAGUACGUACGGUUGUGUAA